CAACCAUUCUCUUGAUUUUAUACUAUUUAUAAAAUUAUCACCUUACGAAGAUAAAUACUGUAAAAUUACUAAAAUAAAAAUAAUCUUGAUAAAAUGCUAUUUUUGGCCCAUCGUCACUUUAAAAACAAUAGGGGACUAAGCUGUUCGUACUAAAAUUAUGGACGUCUAAGCUGAACAUUUUCUCGCAGACUGUAGCAUAAUUUCCGAAUCAGUCCUUGUACUUUUCAAAUAGGCAGACUUGAUACCUGAACUAUUCGAAUAGACUGGAAAGAAGAUGGUCGAGCGGCGGCUACGUCGGAGACACAGAAGCGAGGUCGGACAUCCGGUGGCGAGGUUGGGGUUUUAUUUUUGCUGCCGUUGCUUGGAUCGCGCGACGAGGACUGCUGGAUUGGGAUCGUCGAUGAGAGCGAUGUUGUUGCUGCCGGCGAGGGAAGCGGAGUGGUGGCGCUGGUUGUCUGGCGGUUGUUGCCUGUCGAUGUCGGAGAUGAGGGUGGGGUCUCGCUGUUGUUUUCGCCAGAGGAAGGAGUGCACGCGAAGGAGUUUGGAGGACUGGGGGUUUAGUUUUAGGUUUCCAUUCUUUUCCUCUCUUUUAUUCCCACCGCCGCUGAAUAAAACGAAGGAACGGGGGAUUCGGGAGGUUAGAUAGAGAGGAAGAGUCCGAGGGAGAUGGAGUGUAACGGUAGAAUUUUGGGUUUCUUUAAUUAUUAUUAUUUUUUCUCUCCUAAUGCUCUAAUGAACACGAGUGGAGCAAGAUGAUUAUUGUUAAGAACCAUAACAAUUCUAAUUAUUAUUUUGUGUUUGCCCUGAUGGGAAAUGGAUGGUGAUUAUUAGGAUGAUUAUAAUAAUAAUAAUAAUAAUAAUAAUAACAAUAUUCAUUAAUGUUAUUAUUAUUAUUUAUAAUUUACGGUACCAACCUUACGUACGUAACUGUCGAUCCAACCGUUCGCUCGAAUCUAAACUCAAAUAUCAGGGUGUUACAUUUCCUCCACCCUUCUAAAAAUUCGUCCCCGAAAUUUGAAUCGAUAGAGAAAUCACUUGUACGAUAGAACGCUGUAUUUGAAAGAACGGCGCUAGUUGGGAUAUAACAUUUCCCUCCCCUCUUAAGAAAUUUCGACCUCGAAAUUUUGGGCUGAACUUAGUUGUUAGAUUUGGCGGAGCUGAACUAAAUCACUGGGUCUAUUAUGGAAUACCGAGUACUGAAAACUGAGUACGAGAUUACAAAGGAAACAAUCAACUACUACUCUAAGCUAAAAGCAGAUAGUUCCAUCUCAUAGUCUUCCAUUCACCCCUCAUAAUCACUUCAAUUAGUUCGUUCAUGCACUCCAUCGUCUCCACGACCACCCUCUACCCUUCCUAUGGCAAAGACUCUAGGUUGGCCACCAGCUCUCGACAUUUGACCAUGAUCGUGACUAGUAUGGUGGGUGUUGUCGCCAUUGAGACGUCUUCCAUUGUUGUUGUAGGAUCGAUUGGGUUGGUUCCUAUAUUGUUGCCCGGUCUGGGUUCUUCCUCCUCCGCCCCGGACUGAUUGUUCAGACUGGGCUCUCUCUUGCCCUCCUUUCCUAGGGCAAUCUCUAGCAAAGUGUCCUGGCUCACUACAGUAAAAGCAAACUCCCAAGUGUAACUUGCACUCCCCCGAGUGGUUCUUCCCACACUGGUUGCAAGGGUCUCGGUGAAGGUAAGUCGCCCCUGACCGGGUUGAGCCGGCAUGGCUUUGGGUGGCCUCAUAGUAGCUCUGGGCCAUCCUCCUCCUCUCCUGGCUCAGCUGUCGUGGCCCCUCAGACAGGCUGGCAGCCUUUCUCUUAGCCCCCUCUCGUUGCAUCUCCUCCUCAAGCAGGGCAGUAUUCGCCCUUUCCAAGCGGAGAGCUGCCUGAUAAAUCUCUUCCCUGUUGUUCCAGUUCAGUAUACUCAGCUGGCGCCGAAAAGUAGGCUUCAGGCUCUCCAGGUAGUGGGUGCGUUGAGCUGCUACAUCCUGAAAUUGAGGUCCUCCAUAGGUAAGUAGCUUGUCGAAUCUGGCCGUGUAAUCAACCACACUCUCUUCUUUAAUUAUUAUUAUUUUUUCUCUCCUAAUGCUCUAAUGAACACGAGUGGAGCAAGAUGAUUAUUGUUAAGAACCAUAACAAUUCUAAUUAUUUUUUUGUGUUUGCCCUGAUGGGAAACGGAUGGUGAUUAUUAGGAUGAUUAUAAUAAUAAUAAUAAUAAUAACAAUAUUCAUUAAUG